AUGGACGGAGAGGUUGAACAGACAACAACGAACGAUGGAGAGGAGUCCUUGGAUCAGACGACUGAGAAGCAAAGCACAUCUCACGUCCUGGACCAAGUGGUUUACAACGACCUAGUCAAGAAGCGAGGCAGGGCCAAGGGAAGGGUGACGCGAGUAAGGAGGAGGAUCGAACAUGAACUCCGUAAAACGGAGGAGAAAUUCGUUAGUCUGUUGUCACUUCAGAGUGAUGUUGAGAAAAUCCUACCCUUGAUUGACACAGUGAACGACCUGUCCGAGCAGAUUGGUACCCUGCUGGAGAACUGCGAGGCAGACGAGCGUGUGGAAGACGCACUAAUUGAUUUGGAAGCCUGGGAUGAUGGCUUUGACCACGAAUGCACAAGUGUGUCGGACGCACGUGCACUACUCGACUAUAGAGGGGUAGGGACACAUUCACCAGUGGUGACGGAGCUUGCUGCAGAGGCAGCAACACCCCAGAAGGCCACCCGGCACGAUACAACACAGGAGGUAGUGGUCGUGGACAGUGAUGGGACGGACAGGCCCACGGGCGAACUGCUGGAAUCAAAGGAAUUGCCGGCAACAGGCACGGGCGACACGGAAUCUGCUGCAGGCAGACUGGACAGCCCUAGCACGGGUGUGGAGGCAAGGCGUAGCACAAUGUCCACAGGCACGGACAUCAGUGCUACUACUCAGAACCCUGUGGCUCAGGCUCAGCAUACGGAUACAACACAGGCCCAGCCAACUGUCCCGACACCAACCAAUUCCCCGGACAUGAUACAGGCCAUGGCAUUAGCGGCAGCCCACGCUGCAACCGCGGCAGCUGGCCUCAGUACUGCCCCACAGCCAUCACGCCUCAAUGUCCAGCUGCCAAAGCUGACUCUACCGUCCUUUUCUGGCAAGGUGAUUGAGUGGCCAGAGUUUUGGGAGCGAUUCCAGUCUUCCAUCGACAACCAGCCCAUUGCGGAUGUCAGCAAGUUCUCAUACCUGAAAUCUUGCCUUUCCGGCGAUGCGGCGAAGGCCAUAGCGGGCAUCUCAUUGACAAGUGCAAACUAUACCACCGUCAAGGAUCUGUUGAAGACGAAGUAUGGUUCAGCGGAGAUCAUCAUUGCAUCCCUGUACAGCCGUUUGGAAGCACUACCGGCACCACCCAACAGGCCCAUGGAGAUCCAUCGAAGUUUCGAAACUGUGGAGUGUCUCCUUCGACAGCUGGAAACACAGGGAGAGAAGUUGGCAGAUCAACGUCUCCUGUGCCAAAAGCUGUGGGGCAAGGUUCCACUCGAGGUUGCCACCAAGUUUGAGGAGUGGCGUGGUAUCAGCAACGCCGGCCAGCCCUGGAAACUAACCACUCUACGAGAGUAUAUGGCCAAGUACACAACUCUACAAGAGCAACUCCGCCAGCGGACUGGCCAAGGCCCUCCGAACAAACCUGACGCUGUUGGAGUGCAGCCAAAGCAACUCUUUAGCACAGCGGAUGCACUGGCAGCUCACCCUGAUACCCAAGGACGACCACAACGUUCCCGUCGUGGUUGCAUAUUCUGCGAUGGCCAACAUAUGGACAACGAUUGCUCACGCUACACAUCUUCUGCUGCCAGGAAACAACGAUUAAUGGAGCUACGUCGUUGCUUUAUUUGCUUGGGUUCCGGUCACCGCAGCCAGGAAUGUUACCGACGGCAAACACAGACCUGCCGGAUGUGCAAGCGCCCAAGUCACCAUCACCAUACCAUCUGCUCGCAGAGUCGCCAGCCAUCUGGUGUAGGUUCACAUUCCACCCGACGAGCUGACGGUUCAUCUUCCACGGCAGCGGUGGCAGCUUCUGACACUACAACCGCUACGUGCACACCCACUCAGGUUCCAGGUCAGGCAGUUGCUUCGGACCAGACAGUUGCUUCGGACCAGUCAUCGUGUCUCCUGCAAGCAACAGGAUCAACUGUCACACUCCAAACCGCCACAACGAAUGUGCAAGGCAACAAUGGUACAAUCACCACCGCUCGCGUUCUUCUUGAUUCAGGCAGCCAUCGCACGUACUUCACGGAGGCUUUGGCAAGGCAGCUCUCCCUGCGCCAUACUCGCCAUGAAUGGCUGUCCGUGUCAACCUUUGGUGCCACCAAACACCACACAGCACAGGUACCGAUCUCCGACCUGUUCAUUCAUCUCAAGGAUGGUACAACGAAGGCCAUCGAAGGCAGCGUCUUACCGCACAUCACAAACCCGGUUCUCCGUCCUGCGGUUGCACACCCCGACAUCACGACCUUGCAGCAACUGCAACACGACAACCAGUUAGCUGAUGCGAUUAACGCCGAAGAUGAACGGCUAAAGAUCGACAUACUCAUUGGGUCUGAUUAUCUGUGGGACUUCGUGCAGGGCCAUGUGCAACCUCUACCAUCAGGCCUCAACCUUCUGCCAACCUCCCUCGGCUACGUGGUCACCGGCAAGACGGACACCUCUCCCACCACUGCCCUACCGGCAACCACUCUGAUCGCAGCCGCAGCCGACGUUUCACACGAGGAGGUUCUGCCUCUUAAGCAGUCCAUUCCGGAUUUGUGGAGCCUCGAAACGCUUGGGAUAGAGCACCCGUCUCCCGUGAAAGACGAUGACGUAGCCUUGCAACAUUUCCACUCAACAGUGGAGUGCACCGAUAAUCGCUACAUCGUUCGCUGGCCAUGGAACGGCCAGCAGCAGUUUCUCCCGGACAACUACGGAUUGACGUUGGGCCGGUUCCGGACUCUAUCGCGGCGGCUAAGCACCGACUCGUCACUACUUGAGCAGUAUGACAAGGUGAUCCAGCAGCAAGCCGACAUGGGCAUCAUUGAGCAGAUGACACCGGAUUCUGUCACUGGUCCGCAACUCCAUUAUCUACCCCACCAGCCAGUUCUAACUCCAACGAAGACGACGACCAAGUUGCGUGUCGUUUAUGAUGCCUCGGCCAAGGCACGGCGUCACAACAAGAGCUUGAACAACUGUCUGCUACGUGGACCCGUGUUGCUCCCCAACCUUGCCGGAGUUCUUAUGCGACUCCGCAUCACACCAAUUCUGCUGGUAGCCGAUAUCGAGAAGGCAUUCUUGCAACUUGACAUCUGGCCGCCAGACCGGGACGUGACACGCUUCCUAUGGUAUCGCGAUCCAACUAAUCCCACAGCAACUCCGGACAACAUCGCGGUCUAUCGGUUUCGGAGAGUACCGUUCGGCAUCGUGAGCAGUCCAUUUCUGCUAGCGGCAACAAUCCAACACCAUCUAGCAAAUGAUGAAGAUGCGGAUGUCGGUCGCUUGGUGUCCCGCAAUAUCUACGUGGAUAACGUAUUCAUCGGUGUCGACACCCCGGAAGAAGGGUACGAUAUGUGCAACCGAACUACAUCCGUAUUCUCUCGCUCGUCCAUGCGGCUACGUGAGUGGGCAUCUAACAACAGCCACGCUACGACAGCUAUGGAUGCCAAGGAAAGGGCACAGGGCGACAGUGUCAACGUUCUUGGAAUCACGUGGCACACCAAGGAUGACAGUCUACAGCUCGCUUGUCCUCGAACCCAACCCAGCACCGACCCGGUUUGGACUAAGCGCGCUGUCCUGAAGUAUGCUGCAUCAUUGUACGAUCCAUUGGGACUGGUUGCUCCGGUCACAUUUCGUAUCAAGGUCUUCUUACGCUCUCUGUGGCAAGCUGGUAUGGACUGGGACACUGUCUUGACUGGACACCUACUGGACACCUGGCUGACCCUCCAUGCAGCCUCGAGCGAGGUCAGCUCGUUAUCGUUCCCCAGGCAAAUCAACCCAAUUGCUAAUGGAACCGAUGCUACCUACCAGCUACACGUCUUCACCGAUGCGUCACAACUGGGCUUUGCAACUGUGGUCUACCUCCGCACAACCAUAGCCAUGAUGACAACCUGUGAGCUCCUCUUCGGCAAGACACGUCUUGCACCGCUGAAGUCCAAGGACGGCAAGCCUAACGGUCUCACCCUGCCACGGCUGGAACUACUUGGCGUGACGAUUGGUUCACGGGCAGCCCGAUUCUGCAAAGAUGAACUCGAUCUCCCACUUACCAGCAUCACCCUAUGGACGGACGCGCGUUGUGUUCUGCAUUGGAUCAAAUCAUCCAAGCCACUGUCCGUAUUCGUGGCCAACCGUGUGUCAGAGAUUCGUACUUGCGGCGAGUUCUUGUCCUUCCGCCAUGUUCCUGGAGAGUGCAACCCUGCUGAUGUCGCUAGCCGAGGCGGUUUGGUGGCCGAUCUUCAGGAGUCAUGGUGGCACGGUCCGGACUGGUUACGCACCACAUCAGAUCACUGGCCAGACGAGGACCUCACACUCUCAGCUGACGAAUCCGACCUAGCCAGCAAGGAGGAGCAAGCACCAACGCUUCAUACCGCAAGCCUGGUGACUGGUGGCAGCGAUCGUGCUACUGACCAACCUAGUCCACACACCAUUCCAUCUGGUCUCGGCAGCGUGCUUACGAGAGCAAGCAGUUUGAGGAAGGUCCUGAGAAUCACUGCUCUGUGCAUGAAGUUCCUGAAGAAACUGCGUCCCAACUCACCACGUCUCUCUCAGAUCAGCAACAGCUACGACAUCGUGUCACAAGACAUACAGGCUGCGCGAGAUUGGUGGACUCGAAUGGUACAACGCGAGGCCUUCCCUGACAUCUUCAAAGCUAUCAAGACCAAUGCCAAGCACAGUUCAGUUGCUAACCUUGGUGUUGUGAUCGACGACAACGGCAUACUGCGAUGCGCCGGAAGACUGAGCAACGCUGAACUACCAACUGACCAGAAACUACCGAAGCUGCUACCAACGUAUCACGCGUUCACGAAGCAUGUCAUCAGCGAAGUCCAUGGACGGCUUCUGCAUGCAGGUGUUCGACACACCCUGGCCCAGACAAGGCAAGAGUUCUGGAUCAUACGUGGCCGUGCUAUCGUUCGCCGUAUCCUGGAUCAGUGCUCGGUUUGCCGAAGACACGAAGGGCGUCCGUUCAAGUUGCCGUCCAUGCCCCCAUGGCCCAAGGAACGGAUUACCAGAGCACUUCCAUUCACGUACGUUGGUCUUGACUACCUCGGACCGCUAUUGAUCCGCACCGGCACGGAGAAAGGCAAGGUAUGGAUCAACCUAGUAACCUGCCUAACCACACGAGCUGUACACCUGGACAUAGUCUCUGGCCUAUCUGCAGCAGCCUUCUUGAACAGCAUGAGACGGUUCGCGGCGAGACGAGGCAAGCCAAAGUCUAUUGUGUGUGACAACGCACCCCAGUUCAAGUUGGUACGCUCUGUCCUGGACGAUCAUCUGAAGCUGAUUCUUGCCAACCCAGACCUGCUAUCGUAUCUCUCAACGGAGAAUAUCGAAUGGAGCUUCACAACAGAGUUUGCGCCAUGGAAGGGCGGUGUGUACGAGAGGCUGGUGAGCAUUGUCAAGAGAGCCUUGAGGAAGAGUCUUGGAAGGUGCCUCCUGACUCUAGACCAGCUCGCAACCCUGACAGCCGAAGUGGAAGGCAUGAUCAAUACGAGGCCGCUCACAUAUGUUGACGACGACGAUGUGUCCUCAUUCUCACCCCUGACACCGUCACAUUUCCUCUGUGGAGGAAGAACGGCAACCGGUUUUCAGACGGACAGCGACGAGGAGGACGGUCCGGAGACACCAGCAGCCAAGGUCACGAGGAUGUGGAAACGGCAACAGAUACAACUGGAUGUAGCAUGGAAGGUGUGGGAAGAUGAAUACCUCCCUGCUCUGCGCGAAGCAUCAAUGAGUCAACACCGACAGUCACGGAGUAGCAUCUCUCGGACACCAACAGUCGGAGAAGUGGUCGUAAUCCAAGAGACCGGCCAGCCACGUGGAAGUUGGAGACUCGGCAGAGUGGUAGAAAUCUUACCUGGAGUCGAUGGCCAAGUCAGAGCUGUCAAGCUGAAGACGGCUAAAUCGAAGGCAGUGUUGUCGAGACCGAUCAGCAAGCUCUAUCCGCUCGAGCUGCACGUUGUGGAUGACGUCGGAGCAGUGGAGGCUGGUGAUAUGGAACACCGCCCGGCACCGGCGACGGCUAUGGAACAGGCAAUGGCGGACGAAGCUGCUCCAACCAUGUUCCAGCCUAGGCGGGCAAAUCGCAAAGCAGCAGAGAAGGCCCGUGAGCGUAUCGCAGAGUGGGUAAGAUAA